UCUCAGCGCCCGCGCUAGCUCGCUCGCUCGCUCGCCGAUCGGUCGUGCGCCAUGGACGACAGCUUGUACGACGAGUUCGGCAACUACAUCGGCCCGGACAUCGAGUCGGAGGAGGAGGGAUCCGAGGCGGAGGAGGAAGCGAUUCCAGCGGCCAGCGGCAGCGCAGGUAGAGAGAAUGCAGCGUGGCUCACACAGGGAGGCGGGGACGAUCUUGACGGCCCCGAGGACAUGGACACCGAGGGUGGGAUCGUUCUUGCCGAGGACAAGAAAUAUUACCCGACGGCGGUGGAGGUCUAUGGCGAAGGGGUGGAGACGCUGGUCAUGGACGAGGACGCGCAGCCGCUGGAGGAGCCCAUCAUCAAGCCGGUGAGAGCCAAGAAAUUCGAGGUAGCAUCCAGAGAAGGUGUGAGGACUUUCGUCUCCACGGAGUUUAUGCUCGGGCUCAUGAGCAAUCCGGGGCUGGUUAGAAAUGUGGCUCUGGUGGGAAAUCUCCAGCACGGGAAGACGCUCCUCAUGGACAUGCUCGUGGAGCAAACUCACGACAUGAAGACGCUGGAUCCAAACUCGGAGAAGCACUUGCGCUACACGGAUACUCGGAUCGACGAGCAGGAGAGGCAAAUCUCUAUCAAGGCCAUGCCGAUGUCGCUGGUGCUCGAGGAUAGCUGUGGGAAAUCCUACCUUUGCAACAUCAUGGACACUCCAGGUCACGUAAACUUUUCGGACGAGAUGACCGCUGCUCUACGCCUGGCUGAUGGAGCGGUCGUCGUUGUGGAUGCCGUGGAGGGUGUCAUGGUAAAUACCGAGAGGUCCAUUCGCCAUGCAAUCCAAGAGCGACUGCCUAUCGUCGUAGUGAUCAACAAGGUGGACAGGCUUAUAACCGAACUCAAGCUGCCGCCGACAGACGCCUAUUACAAACUCAAGCAUACUAUAGAAGAAAUCAACACCUUUAUCAGCUCUUUCUCGACAAACCAAGCGAUUGAUCCUGUCUUCGGCAACAUAUGCUUCGCAAGUGCCACUGCCGGCUGGUCGUUUACGCUACUUUCUUUCGCAAAGCUCUACGUCAAGCUACACGGCAUUCCUUUUGAUGCGGAAAAGUUUGCGAGUCGACUUUGGGGUGACUAUUACUACCACUCGGAUACCAGAACUUUUAAGAAGACUCCUCCGGCCAGCGGCGGUGACCGGUCCUUCGUACAGUUCGUGCUGGAGCCGCUGUACAAGAUAUACAGUCAGCUGAUCGGUGAGCACAAGAAAAGUGUCGAGACUGUUCUGGAAGAACUAGGAGUGAAGCUGAGUAGCGCUGCGUAUAAGAUGAACGUCAAGCCGUUGCUUAAGCUCGCGUGCAGCUCGAUAUUUGGUUCGGCCACUGGUUUCACGGAUAUGUUGGUAAGGCACAUUCCUUCAGCAAAGGUGGCUGCUGCAACGAAAGUCGAGCACACUUACACAGGUCCACAGGACUCGAUGAUAGCAGAGUCCAUAAAAACCUGCGACGCGAAGGGGCCGCUGAUGGUGAACAUCACAAAGCUCUAUCCAAAGAGUGAUUGCAGCGUGUUUGAUGCUUUCGGAAGAGUUUUAAGUGGAACCAUCGCCACGGGUCAGAAGCUCCGGGUCCUGGGAGAGGGUUAUUCUCCAGAUGACGAGGAAGACAUGGCAAUCAAGGAGGUGACGAAGUUAUGGAUUUAUCAGGCACGUUACAGGAUUGCUGUGAGCAAGGCACCCGUGGGAAGCUGGGUGCUUAUAGAGGGUGUGGACACAUCAAUCACGAAGACCGCGACUCUAUGCCCGGAGUUCACUGACGAGGAUGUCUUUAUUUUUCGGCCGCUCAAAUUCAACACGUUGUCUGUCGUGAAAACAGCAACUGAGCCUCUAAAUCCGAGCGAGCUUCCCAAGAUGGUCGAAGGUCUUCGGAAAAUCAGCAAGAGUUAUCCACUGGCUAUCACGAAAGUUGAAGAGUCCGGAGAGCAUACUAUUCUUGGUACCGGGGAGAUUUUCCUAGACUCCAUCAUGAAAGAUUUGCGAGAGCUUUACUCGGAAGUCGAAGUCAAGGUGGCUGACCCUGUGGUAUCAUUCUGUGAAACUGUUGUGGAGUCCUCGUCUUUAAAAUGCUUUGCUGAAACGCCUAACAAAAGGAACAAGCUUACCAUGCUAGCCGAGCCGCUCGAAAAAGGACUAUCCGAAGAUAUUGAAAAUGGAAACGUGUGUAUCGACUGGCCUGCUAAGAAAGUUUCAGAGUUUUUCAAAGUGAGGUAUGACUGGGAUGUUCUCGCCGCGCGGUCUAUAUGGGCCUUUGGUCCUGAUAAGCAGGGACCAAACAUUCUCUUGGACGACACUUUACCUAGUCAAGUGAACAAAGGGCUCCUCAGUUCUGUCAGGGACUCCAUUGUGCAAGGGUUUCAAUGGGGUGCCCGCGAAGGACCUCUCUGUGACGAGCCUAUUCGCAACGUGAAGUUUAAAAUACUGGAUGCAACAAUUGCGCAAGAACCUUUACAUCGUGGUGGGGGUCAAAUUAUUCCCACUGCAAGGCGGGUCGCUUACUCUGCCUUCUUAAUGGCAACGCCCCGGUUGAUGGAACCAGUUUACUAUGUGGAGAUCCAAACACCUGUGGAUUGUCUCACGGCAAUCUACACAGUUCUUUCGCGGAGGCGAGGACAUGUCACGAGUGAUGCGCCAAAGCCUGGAACUCCUGCAUAUGUCGUGAAGGCAUUUCUACCCGUGAUCGAGUCAUUUGGAUUCGAGACUGAUUUGCGCUAUCACACUCAGGGCCAGGCCUUUUGUUUGUCCGUUUUUGAUCACUGGUCCAUCGUUCCGGGUGAUCCUCUAGACAAGUCCGUGGUUCUCCGGCCACUGGAACCAGCGCCCGUGCAACACCUUGCACGAGAGUUCAUGGUGAAAACUCGUCGCAGGAAGGGAAUGAGCGAAGACGUGAGCAUUAACAAGUUUUUUGACGAUCCAAUGCUGCUGGAAUUGGCGAGACAAGACGCUGACUUGCAGCAAAUUCUCUAAGAGCUCAAGCUCUUUUCUUUUUCUUUUUGCUGUACCAUCAAACGCAUCAAAAGGUUGUAGCUCAGCGGUGGAAUUCAGUUGGUUGAAGUGGAGUAAGUGUUGAAGCUGGGAUAUUCCGUAUGGGAAUAUUCUCAGCAUAUGUGGUAAUUACCAUUAAAUUUUUUAAUUCAAUAGUCCUCUUUAUUUAGCAA